AACUUAGCCUCGAUGAUUGAAAAUGAAUCAUCCCGGCUAAGGAAUUGUCAUGUGGCAAUGCAGUUUAAGUUGAGUCACAGCAAUUUAGGUAUGCUAGCAGGGACAGAAAACGUAUUAGGCCCCCACUUAAGCAUUUCAGAUUAAAAUGGUGCGUUAUGCCACUAUUACUACCUACUACAUGCCUAAAUUAGCAGAACACACCUUUCAAACCUUACAAGUCCUUUAAGCUACGAUACCCAUUUUUUUCAACUAAAUAUUGAAUUACAUAUCUAUUUUCUUACUCGACAACAAACAUUCUUAUUCAACACCUAUAUCAUCUCUCACCCUCACCUUCACUCUCUUUGAACCAAUCCAACAUUCCCGCCCUUCAAAUAUUCAACAAUCAUCAGAUACUACAGGGAAUCAUGGCUGUCCGCGCACAAUUUGAAAACUCCAACGAGGUUGGUGUUUUCGCAACACUCACAAAUACCUAUGCCUUGACUGCCGUAGGCGCAAGCGAAAAUUUCUACAGCAUUUUCGAAUCGGAACUACAAGACGUCAUCCCCAUCUGUCGCACUACAAUUGCCGGCACACGCAUCAUUGGUCGAUUAACAGCAGGGAACCGUAAUGGCCUUCUCGUACCCACUUCUACAACUGAUCAAGAGUUACAACAUUUACGCAAUUCUUUACCCGACGCGAUCAAGAUACAGAGAAUAGAAGAGCGGCUUUCCGCUUUGGGCAAUGUUAUCGUAUCGAAUGAUCACAUAGCGCUUGUGCAUCCGGACCUAGAGCGUGAGACGGAAGAGAUCAUUGCAGACGUCUUAGGUGUCGAAGUUUUCCGGCAGACAGUUGCGGACAACGUGCUAGUCGGCAGCUACAUGAGCUUGAGCAACCAGGGUGGACUGGUACAUCCCAAGACAAGUAUCCAGGACCAAGAUGAGCUGAGCAGCUUACUACAAGUACCGCUGGUUGCGGGCAGCGUGAAUCGGGGUAGCAAUGUGGUCGGGGCUGGCAUGGUAGUUAACGACUGGAUGGCGGUGACGGGGCUGGACACCACGGCGACGGAGCUCAGUGUCAUAGAGAGUGUGUUUAGACUAGGCGAGGGCGCAGCACCUGGUAACAUUGGCGGCAACCUGAAGGAUACGAUGGUGGAAAGCUUUUACUAAGGGGUUUGGUCUCCUUAUGGGUGAGCAAAAAUUCGCCGUAUCGAAGAUGGAUGCUCCGGGAUGCCUUCUUAGGUAUUGCCCAUCUUUAUUUCUCGGGAACGAGCCGGUGCCGUCAUGAGACGGUUCUAGCGAUGCCUGAAUUGGUAUAAUGGACAGCUCAAAGGCAGCUUUAUGGUUGUUAUACCAGUGUAUUAGCAUGGUAACUGCUUAGUAAUUCAUUGAAGCAUUCCAGCUACGGUGCUGUCAGUCACAAACAAGGGCUUAGAAAACGGCAUUGGUAUUGGCAUCAAAUUUGUUUCCAGCUUGGGUUGGGAAGUGAGCCGUGGAAAACGAAGAUGAAAUGUGGAUAAGAUAUAAUAGUUGUUGUCUAUGGAUGUAUAUGGCAAAGAGCCAUGAACCGUACCGUAUAAUAUGUAGGUACCUAAUCUAAUUCUGCUCACAUUAGUAUUUUCUGUACGGAGUAAUACCUACAUAUGUACCUAGGGUACUCAUACUUCUACUUAGAAUCUACUAUGUACAUAUGUAGGUAUUUACACAGGCGCUCACUUGUUAAAAA